AUGCUAUCGCCCAGCUUUGCCGCCGCCGCAGCAGCAGCAGCGUCAGCCCCGGCAGCCGCAAAGAGCCGGAGCCACAGCUCACCCGCUGAUGGCAGCCACAGCAGCAACAAAACCAGGAACGGUGACGACCCGCUGGCCGGCGUGCCGGAGCUGGUAACGGAGACGGCGACGACCGACGAGGACAAGGUCGAGGCGCUGAAGCUUAUCGCCGACAGCAUCGCGCAGCAGCGGCAGGUCGCUAGCUGGGCUGUCAUAUCGCACCCGAUGGUGCUGGCGGCGUACGCACUGCUUAUAGCGUUGAUGACGCACUACACCUGGCGGACGGCAUCAGACCUGCCACUGUUGUUCACGACAGGCGCGGGCAUUACGAUGGCAUGUCUCGUGGCUGUACGCCUCGUGACAGGCCCGUACAUCACGCAAGCGGAAUCGCUGAACUGGGACUUUCUGUCAUCGCCAGGCUCUGCUGACAGCGAGGACACGGUGCUGGUGACGCGGUUUGGCGAGCGCAUCGUCGGCGCGUUGGUGUUGGGCUGGGCACUGCCGCCACGCGACCCGGCGGGCAACCGGGCGCAGCGCCGUAGCCGAAAAGGCAGGGGCGUUGUGCGCGCGUGGACGGUGCUGCUGAAGUAUCGGGGCAAGGGUAUUGGGACGGACUUGUUGGAGGAAGCGACGCGCGUGGCGGCGAAGCGGGGAGGUGAAGGUAUUGAGUUUGCGGAGGACCAUGCUAACUCGCGCCUCGUCCUCCCCGCCACCUUCAACAAGGCAUUCACGAAGCGCGCGGAACACGCCCGCGCUGCCCUUGAGGCUGUGGUGCAGCGCAGCGCAGCGUUUGGGGGGAAGCGGCGUCGCUCGCGCUCGAGCACUAGUUCGUUUUAA